AUGUCCACCACCCUAAUGCCAUUCUUAUACCAAACGCGCACACUCCGGCAGCUGUCGUCACGGGCGGGCUUCUCGACCCCAGCUUUCCGCGCUCUCUUCCACGCCACGGCUCGAACCCAUUACCCAAGACAGCUCAAGACACCCCGCGAUUCCUCCGAAAUCCCGUUCCACUUCCCACCGGAAUACGAACCUAUCGACGAGCGAAGCGACGCCGAACGAGAUGCGGACUCGGGCGAGACCUCGACGAUGACGACGUCGGAACGGGAGGCGUUCGACCGUAUCUUUGAGGAAAUCCGGGUCAAGCGGGCUCCUAAGCGUGUCAAGUCCGAUGUGACCCCGUCGUUGGAUGAAUUCGCCUUCCCUGGGGUCAAAUCAUCCUCUAUUCUCUCCCUGGACGACGAACCUGUUUCCACGGACUCCGUUUUCACCCCCCGCAAAGACACCACCUUGACUCUCCCCAGCGGGCCGGAGCGUCCACCGGUGCUCCGCCCGCACAGCAGUGUCAACGUCAUCUUGCAGGACGCGGCGGAUAUUUACACAGACUCAACCCGACGCACCAAGUACCCCUUGGGCACGAAACACGCUCUCACCCAAACUGCAGCAGCCGCCGACUGGGAGAGAGCAUUCCUACGGUUCCCGCCCAGUCUGCGUGAAGCGGCUCGCGUGUCACUGGGUCUCAUGAAGGAGGACUCGAAAGAGCAAAAACAGGCGGCUGCGAAGGCGGCGGCCCAGGCGAUUGGGCCGGAUUAUGUUAAAGAAUCAGAAUUGGACCAUAAACCCGGGUACAAACUGAUGGUGCAGAACGAAGCCAUCCGCAACCAAGAGCGCGCACGGGUGGAUGCCAAGUUCCGCGCGACCAAAUCCGACUUUGAGCUGUGGGAUGUGCUGGAGGAGGAAGUCUUUCCCCUUGUCCACAAACUCGGACUCGACGAGGAAGCUGCCGCGGAAACGGCCAAGCGCGGCAAGGGACGCCCCCGAGCGCGCGAGAAGUCACGGUUGGCGGACAAACUCCCCCUCAACAUCUACGGCCCGCUCUACCCCGCCUACCUCCUAACCGCGCUCAGACACUUCGACACGCGCUUCGCCCGCUCCUCCCCGCUCGCCAUGCAAAUCCUCCCGCGCGUGAAAGCCCUCGGCCCAGCCAGCUACGUCCUCGGCGUGAGCACGCCGUUCUACAACAUGUUAGCACGCAUCAUGUGGAACCGACACGGCAACCCGGACGCGGUGUUUGAUUUGUUAGCGGAGAUGCGCACGUCGGGGCUGUUUUACGAUCAUGAUACGCGCCGCGUGGUGGAGGCGAUUGAGUCGUUUUUGGGCGGUGUGGCGCUUGGGAAUUGGGGACCGUUUUUGAGGGAGAUUGGGAGUUUACCGGAGUAUGAGUGGAGGUUGAGGGUGAGGUUGAGGCAGGUUUCGUAUGUGAUUAGUAAACAUAUUGUUCAUACGAAGGAGAUGUUGGGGUAG